UUGUGUCACGUCAAAGUCUAAAAGCGCCACCUUGCCAUGUCUCUGCGCGCAUCCCGCCAUGCUUCCGCCUUGCGGCGGAUUGCCAAAGAUCUCAAGGAGCUGGAGACGGAGCCGCUGCCGCUGGUAGCUGCUAGACCCAUGGAUCCUGCUGAGCCAUUUCGGUGGCAUGUGAACCUUCGACCCUGCGACGGUCCGCUGGCGGGCUGUGUCUUUCAUUUGGUGAUGGAUUUGCCCAAAGACUACCCCUUCACUCCUCCCAGCAUCCGUUUUCCAACGCAGCACUUCCCAUCUUUUCGCCAUCCGAACCUGUUUGGGGAUAUGAUCUGCCUUGAUAUCUUGCAGAGCUUCAUCAUCGGUCAGCAUCAGCAUGAUCAGAAAGCAGGUUGGAGCACUGCUUACACUGUGCAAACAGUGCUGCUUCAGUUGGCAUCCUUCCUGUUCGAGACGGAGCAUGUGCCUCAAGAUCAUGGUGGUACUUACAAGGGCAGGAUGACACCGCUGCUUGCACGAAAGGUUAGGGAGGAAUGCGAGAAGUUUCAGUGCCAAGAAUGUGGUCAUUGUUUCCAGCAGCCGCUGCCUCCACUUCUUCCCUUGGACCUUCCUGCACCGUUGGAGCUGAUAGAGCCCCCCAUUGUGCCCAUCGUGCCCAGGGUCCCUGCUGUGGCAAUGGGGGAAGAGAAACGGCAAGUGUUGCAGUCAGGGGAUUUGGUCACUGCCUUCGUUUCGAAGCUGCAUUCCAAGGGCUUUGUGGUCCAGCUGCCAAACCAUAGUUUCAAUGGCUGGUUACCCUGGAGCUCAGCACUUCGUGGUUGCCAGCUGGCAUUGGGGCAGCAGAUUGUGGCCCACGUCACUGGCAUCCAACGUGAGUGGAUUUGGUUGCAGCUGGUGCCACGUCGUUCACAGCAGCAGUUGAUGGAGCUGAUGAGAUCAGCCAAACCUAUCCAAGGGCUGAUCGUUUCCAUCAAAUCCUAUGGGAUUUUUGUGGAUGUUGGUGUAACCUCUCCUGGCCUGGUCCAUGUCUCUGAAUUGGACGUUGAUGUGGCAGAGUUGGAGGUAAAAACCUUAGUGCAAGUCCGAAUCCUUGAGGUUGACUCGCCCAAAGGUCUGAAACUGACAGCCCGAGGAGGUCCCUUCCAUCGCCCACAGCCAGUGAAGGAUCAGGUUCGACAGGAUCAAGAUGAUCAAGUUCACCUCCAACCGCAGCUGUGGUCACACGAUUUGCCCGGCCCAGCAGCGGAGACCGUGUUGCAGCUUCUGCCCUUGGGGUCUCUGCGGCAGUUGGCCCGAUGCUCCAAGACCUGGAAGCUUCCGGCUGAAGAGGCAGUGUCCAUCUACUUCGAUUUGAAGCAGUUGCGCUGCUUCCACACCAAGACCGCCUUUGAUGAAGCAGACACUCUUCUGGGCCUGGGAGUUGCCAUCACGGAGGAAUCCACUGGGAAGCAACACCUCACCUGCAACUUUGAUCCCUUAUCCAGGGAAGCCUUCUUCGACUUGCAGGUCUCAAAAGGUGUCUGGAAACAGCCCAUCCGUUAUUGGAUCCCAUUGGCUAUCUGCAGAAGUCAUUUCAAUCGUGGCCUCCCUAAGCUGUUGGAAGUUCUCUCUGAGCUGGGCACUGGCCAGGUGGCGGAACAGACCAAGUCCCAUGGAAUCGGCUCAUCUGGGCGACGAAUGGUGCAUGAGAAUCAGGUGGCUCCAGCCUCUAGCGUCAUGACAUUCGCGGAGUGGCAAGCUCAGCGAGAAGCACUGUUCGAACGUCAGCGUCGUGAUCGACUUGCCCGGGAGGAGCGCGGCUUGAGCUUGGAGCAAUGGCAGAAGGAGAAAGCUGCUGCUGCCAAAGCCCGAGCUGCGGCCAAGGAAAAAGCUGCAGCAAAAGCUGCAGCAAAAGCUGCUUCUGGAAGUGAAAGCACUGCAGUGCGCACCUUGCCGUUGGACCAAUCGGCAGCCAUGGAUGUCUUGACGAAGCUGAUGAAUUCACAGAUUGUUCUGCUGAUGAAGGGCGACCUGCAUACAUCAGAGAAAGCUCUGGCAGGGUACAUGGCUUUCCAUCACACCUUGCUUCUCUUGAAGAGCCAUUACGAAACUUUCAAUGAUGCCAUUGAAACAAAAGUUCGGAGCUUCUUGCAGGGCGAGGAGAUGAGAAGAAAGGAUCAAGUGCCGAACCUCGGGGAAUUUAUUUGCCUCCUGUCGGUGUCGGAUGAAUUCAGCUGGGACGACCUGGCUGUGCCCAUCCUGGAUGAAACCUUUGAUCGGGGAGUCUUGUGGUUGGUGAAAGCUUUCCCCCGCUUCGCCACCAUGAACGAAGUGGAGGAACGCGUGGAGAAAACCUGGGAGACCAGCAGGGUAUCUCGUCAGCUGUUGAUGUUUCACGCAUGGUUCCUUCACCACAUUGCUCACAUCCGGCAUCAUCAUGCAACUGGCGAAUGCAAAAAAGCCAGCUGUUUGUUGGAGCGCUAUGAGCGCACCAAAGGUUUGCCACUGCAAUCCACAGUGACCGCCCUGCAAAAUGCAUGUCGACAAUUUCAUAGUCUGGACACUUGGCAGGAUUUCUUCCAGGCGAUUCAUGUGGAGAUGCCACAGCAGGCCAUUUCACCCUGGCUGUUGAGGUGUGCCAGACGAUCUGCAAGGAAGGGCUACCAUCGUUCCAGGCGGCAAUUCAUGAACUGAAGCAACAGGCAGAAUUUUGUGGAGAAUUUCCACCAUUUUGAGGCGAAACUGCCACGUGGCAAUCGUGGCAGGCCAUUUUGAUCCUAACCUUUAGCACUGCCCAAAGUGCCACCGUGGAUUGUCGGUGGGACCAUGGGGAUUCUGUUCAGUGUACAGAUGCAGAGGUUGUUUGCUGUACAGAUCUUUAGGACUCAACAUUUUGGCAGUCCUAAUGCCAGAAAGACGGGGCUCACUUGCUUGACUCUCAGAAGCACAUUUUCAUGGCGAGAUCUGCAUGCGGACAGUGUGCCAUAGUGGUUGGAAUGCGAUCAAAAUUUCAAGAUGAAGGACAAUAGUCGAACAGUUGAGUUCCAUGGCGUCACAGCACCUCCAAAUGCAGCUUGAAUGGUCCUCAGUCCCGCUAAAUUUGAUGAAAAGUGGAGGUAGGUGGCAGAUCUUGUGACUUUCCCUGUGACAGGAAUACCAAGCAAAGGCGGGGCACUGAGGCCUUGUCCAGGUGAAUUCAAUCAGAUGAGAAUUCUAUGAUGCCUACAAAAACCGACCUCCUGAUGCAUUCUAUGUACGUGAUCCUACUGAGCUUCUCGUUGUGUGCCGCAGCCUUUGAGUGCUACCAAUGCAUGCUUAGGUGGCUCUUGAAAAGCAGCGGG